CACCACCCUGCAACGACAGCAUUCAAUUUGAAUCUCCGUGUCGUCCCCACGGGGCCUCCGGGCCUCACUCUCCACUUCCCCGCGAGCAACGGCGUGCCGAACAUGCAUAUAUAGCCAUGGGCCGAAAUCCGGGGAAGCAGGGGCGCGGAUAAGUCCAAUCUGUUCAAGGGCUCAUACUGUCGAGCAGCGUUUACCAUGUCCAAGGAGCUCUCCGCCCAUAGCGAAAGCGUCGUGGAUGCGCAGGAGCGGCCGUUUGUGGAGGAUGCGGUCUUGGAGAAGCGGAUCCUUCGCAAGGUUGACAUGCGGCUCAUCCCACCCUUGUUUGUCAUGUACAUUCUGAACUACCUUGACCGAAACAAUAUUGGAAAUGCCAAGGAGGCGGGAAUGGCCGAGUCGCUCCAUCUCAGCUCGUCCGACUACUCCCUCGCAGUGUCCAUCUUCUUCGUCGGGUACCUGCUCCUGGAAGUACCAAGCAACAUGAUUUUGAACCGGACGAGACCGAGCCUGUAUCUUCCGGGCCUUAUGAUUGUCUGGGGCGGCAUGGUGGUCGCCUACGUAGGCGUCAACACCAAGGCCCAUCUCAUUGCUCUCCGCUUCUGCCUCGGUCUUCUUGAGGCAGGCUACUUUCCCGGCGUACUCCUGUUCAUGAGCAACUGGUACAAGAAGACCGAGCUUGCGCGCCGCUUCUCCGUGUUCUACUGCGCAUCGCUCCUGUCUGGGGCUGUGGGUGGGCUCAUAGCCGGUGUCAUUACGGAUACGAUGCAGAAUCGGGGAAACCUACCGGCUUGGAAAUGGCUGUUCCUUAUCGAGGGCUGUAUGACCGUCGGUUUCGCCAUCAUCGCAAUGUUCAUCCUGCCCGACUUCCCGGCGACGACAAAGUGGCUCACUGCGGAGGAACGUGAAUAUGCGGUCCGCCGCCUCGAACAUGACAACAACGCGACGCAGGCCGGCUCGAUGGGCCACCUCGAAAGCUUUGUUCGCGCCGUUAAGGACUGGAGGACUUGGAUGUUUGUUUUGGCACAAAGCCUGUGUACCUGCGCGGGCACCAUUACCUACUUCAUCCCAACUCUCAUGGCGGCGCUGGGAUACAAGGGCCACGAGAUCCAAUACAUGACGAUUCCAAUUUACAUGGUUGCGCUCGUCAUCGUCCUAGCCUGCUGCUUCUCGUCGGACCUCUUGAACGAGCGGCCAAAGCACAUCAUGGCUAUGGGCGCUAUGUCUACUGUUGCACUGAUCAUUACCGCUGCCGUGACCGACUCCAAGGCUCGGUACGCCUUUUUGGCGAUUGGGGCCUCUGGCAUAUGGGCGUGCAGUCCCCUGACACUAAGCUACCUCUCGAACACAAUUUGCAGGCCGGCCGAGAAACGAGCCGUCGCCAUUGGCGUCGUCAACGCGCUUGCCAAUCUUUCGUCUGUGUACGGGUCGUAUAUUUGGCCGUCCAACUCGGCGCCGCGGUACAUCGCCGGCUUCUCCGUCUCGACAUCUCUCAUGUUUGGCUGCAUCGUCACCGCCGCGGCCCUCAUGUUCCUGACGAACAAGUACCCCUACGACAACACAAAGGACGGGCGUCACGGGGAGCAGGUCACUCGAGACGAAGAGACGGGAUCGGACCGUACUUGACAUUUUGGGUUACGUGUAUGAAGAACGUAUUGUAGUGCCAGCUUAUCACAGUCAAAUGGGGGCAGACAACACCGAGAGAUAUUGACACAGCCACCACGACACGACCACUUAGUCGUACGCAUACAGCGAGGCGUUGGUGCCCCGCGCGAACACGGCGGCGCGCUCCCCACCCCGGGGGUGCACGACGGGCGCGUCGGUGACGACACCGCCGAUGGAGUUCCAAUCGUUCCAGGCCGUGCCGUUGAACUCCUUGACGUACACGGAGUUGUUGGUUCCCUGGGCGGCGAGCGUGAUCCUGCUGCCGCCCCAGGCCGCCGCCGAGGGCCGUGACAUGACGACACCGCCGAGGCUGGUCCAACCCCCCUCGCUGGGCACCCAGGCGCUGCCGUUCCAGCUCUUCUGGUACACGGCGUUGUUUGUGCCGCGCACGAACAGGUCGAGGUGAUUCGGGGCGCCGGACACGGGCGUCACGUCGUCCAUGACGGUGCCGCCCAGGUUCUGCCAGCCGAGCACCGAGGGC